ACGGGUGAAGUUUGUUUAAUGUGUAUUCCAUUAGUGCAUCUAAUACUUGUAAGUCUACGCACAGCCGGCCGGCCGCGCUACAGGUCACAAUACCUUUUUGUAGUCUCGGCCAGUCUGGCGUUACAGUUACUGUCGAGGUUCAAUUUUCACGCGAUAAUAAACCUAUAAACAGGUCCUCGCAGCCCUUGAAAUCCGAGUUAAGUUUUCACUACCUUUGUGCUGAAGGAGGGUACAGUGAAUGAGUCCCUUCUCGCGGACUUCCUCUGAGGUUUCUACAAUUCAUUGGAAAAAUAAGUUUGUUGUCGAUCGACUCGGUCCCAGUCUACUGACUGCCCCCUCGGCGGCCGAGGUGAAAGCUUUGCUGUUGGAAGGUAACUUUCUCGGCUAUUCAGCUACCUUCCCAUGUAGGGCGAGCCUUAGAGCCCAAGCGCCACAUGCGGAAAGCUAAUGAGGAAAAGGACGAGGCUCGAGCUACGCCAGCCCAGCCAGGGGGUCCUUCUUUCAGCUUUCCUGUUUGCAAUACUUAUCUUGACAGAUCUAACCAAAGGACUUCCCGAUACAGACUUUAUAGCAAUAGAUUUGCCUUCAGCAUUUGGUUGGAGAGAUCUAUCCGGCAAUGGCAGCAGCUUUCUGGAACAGUCGCAGACAUACUCGAUACAAACAGCAGACUAUUUAUCUGAAAAUGACACUAAGGAGUUCUCUCUUCUUUUCACAAUUAAUUCAGCAAUCUUAAAUGGCUUUGUUGUAAAUGUCGCAUCUAAGUCUGCAAAGUCAGUUAAUACUUCAGAAAUUUUGUAUAGUGUAAAACUUAGCGCUGGACAAGUAGAAAUUCAAAAAGAUGUUGAUGUAUUAGCUAUUGUAAAACCCGAGAAUGUUUUUAAAGGCUGGCAAAAGUUUAUAAUAAUCUAUCGAGGCGUUGAGCUGCUGCUUCAUGACUGCCAGACUGUAAGGAGAAUACCUAUUCCUGGCACGGAGGAAUUACCAAAAUGGGACCGGCUUGCCAUCACCGUUGAACCUAACCUUCCUACGCGAGAAGACGUACGGGAGAACGUAUGCGAACUAUCCCUAGUACUUGGAUCACCUGGCGUCUCCGAACACUGUGCCAAGACAUACCCGAUAUGCCCCCAUGGACCAGACAUCUUGAUACCCACUACAACCGAGACGCCUAUUGUACCGACAGUUCCAGGUCCUCAACCACCAAUAAUCGUAGGAUCAAAAGGUCCCGAUGGACUGAGGGGACCCCAUGGUGAUCCUGGAAGACCGGGAGGCCCCGGGAUGCCUGGUCCAAGGGGUUACCGAGGACCAAAAGGUGAACCCGGACCUAAAGGAGAACCAGGGUAUAAGGGUGAAUCCGGUUAUCGAGGCCCCCGCGGACCUUUUGGACGACCAGGUGAGCCGGGACCGCAAGGACUAAAAGGUCGACCAGGUUACGCUGGCCACCAAGGCGUCCAGGGUGCCAAAGGCAAGCGUGGCCUGCCUGGAGAAGCGGGUUCUCCUGGUCUUGUUGGUCCGGUCGGUCUACCUGGACCAGAGGGCAUACAGGGUGACCCUGGUCAAAAAGGCUUUGAAGGCGCCAAAGGAAUUAAGGGUUUUCCUGGUAGCCCCGGCUCCAUGGGCCUAAUGGGGAGCCGUGGUACUCCUGGAGAUCAAGGAGGCCGUGGACCACAGGGAGUUCAAGGACUGCUGGGAGAUCGAGGCCCAAGAGGACCUCCGGGGGAACAAGGAUUCCGUGGAGUCAAGGGCGCCGUUGGUAGUCAUGGAUUGAUUGGCCGCAAGGGGGAGAAGGGAAAAGAGGGACGCGAUGGCGUCAAGGGGGAGCGCGGCAGUAAAGGAAAAUCUGGAGUCCACGGCCCGUCUGGAAUGAAAGGAAUACAAGGCCCACGUGGACCCAGGGGUUUACCUGGAGAUAAGGGCCCAGUUGGUCCACCGGGUCAUCCUGGCCACAAGGGUGCUAUCGGUAUUAUUGGCAAAUCAGGGUCACCUGGAAAAGAUGGAUCUGAGGGACCAACCGGCGAAUCUGGACCAACUGGAGCGCUUGGGGCCAAAGGACAGAAGGGUGGCGUGGGUUCCAUCGGGCCAUCUGGUCUUCAAGGCUUUCAGGGUCGCAUGGGUCUGAAAGGCGAUGCAGGCUAUGAUGGAGUUGACGGCUUUAAGGGUCACGCUGGUAACACUGGUAUCCCCGGACCGCAAGGCACCAUGGGUCCAAUAGGUGCAAAAGGUAUUCUGGGUGACGUUGGUGCCCCUGGGAUGCCGGGAUCACGCGGAUUAAAUGGUACUCGGGGUCCUGAAGGAGACCUCGGGCAUUCGGGACUUCCGGGUCCUCCUGGUUUUCAAGGCGAUCCUGGAAAGCCGGGCAUUCGGGGACACGAAGGCCUACAAGGUGUUAGCGGAAAAGCUGGUUCCAUUGGUGAUCCUGGCAAGAAAGGGAAUAUCGGCGAAAAGGGGCCAUCGGGAGAGCAAGGAAUGAAGGGCCCGAAUGGCGCUUCUGGAAUGCCCGGAUUUGACGGAACAAAAGGUGACCCUGGUGACGAAGGCAAUGAAGGCUUACCCGGAGACAUUGGUAUCAUCGGCAUGCAAGGACCCCCUGGAGUAACCGGAAAGGAUGGACAACAGGGUGCUGCUGGUCCGUCUGGUCCUAGAGGAGCCCUUGGCCAUCCUGGCCCUCAGGGACUAGAAGGAGAUAGAGGACCCAUCGGAAAGCCUGGCGUAUCUGGGACAAAGGGAAACAUCGGUGCUAAAGGUCGCAUUGGGCUUCAAGGCGACCGUGGCGAGCAGGGACCUUUCGGACCUAAAGGUGCAGGUGGAGACAUGGGAUCAAAAGGACCGCCGGGUGAUUUUGGUGAAGUCGGUGUAAGGGGUCCAAACGGCGAACUAGGAUCUGAGGGCGUGCCUGGGGAAGUUGGAAAGCCCGGACCCAUAGGUUAUCAAGGUAGAGAGGGGUUUAAGGGUCCUAACGGCCUUCCUGGUCUACCUGGAAAACGUGGUUUGAGGGGCAGUGAAGGGAGUACAGGAGUAUAUGGCAUGAAAGGCAUGAAGGGCCCGAUUGGGGUACCUGGGUUCAGAGGUCAGCAUGGAACCCCAGGUGAUAUCGGACCUCCGGGAAGUGAAAGUGGUGUCCCUGGGAAGACAGGACUGCGAGGGCCGAUGGGCCACAAGGGUCCUGAUGGAGAGAAAGGCUAUGUUGGGAAGCGAGGGGAGAAGGGAUUCAUGGGGUUACAAGGGGAUCAGGGCAGCAGAGGCGAUCGAGGGCCGAUAGGAGAACGGGCUAAGGAUGGAGAAAAGGGGCUCAAAGGAGAGACUGGCCCUAUUGGAGGUCAGGGUCUUGAAGGGCGUACAGGUGUGCAAGGAGACGAUGGAAUACGAGGACCCCAGGGAAAGCAAGGAGGCGUUGGGCCUACCGGAGGACAUGGGCCACCAGGACCUAUGGGCGAUGAUGGCGACGCAGGAUCAAAAGGCAAGGCUGGGAAAAUUGGAACCAAGGGUGAGCCUGGUCGCAAAGGGUCUCCUGGUGAUAUCGGCUAUGUUGGACCGAAGGGCUUUCUUGGAGAUGUUGGGCCACUGGGAGAAAAGGGAGGCCAAGGAGCCUACGGUCCCUUGGGUGAGCCAGGAGGUCCUGGGCCGAAGGGAGGGGGAGGACCCAAGGGCAAGCUGGGAGAUCGGGGACCUCAAGGGCCAGUUGGUAUAAAAGGCAUCAGGGGAGCAUCUGGCCCAAUCGGCGACAGUGGCAUAAAAGGCGGCUACGGCUUGAUGGGUGAAGCUGGUCCAGCUGGCGAUUUUGGAACUCGCGGCAUUCCUGGAGAACUGGGGCCGCGAGGUCCUGAUGGUAAUCCUGGACUUCUUGGAAGAAAAGGACGCCAGGGAGAAAAGGGUACUGCCGGUCGACUUGGCGAGAGAGGCAAAAAAGGUCCAUUUGGUGAAAACGGUGUACUUGGCAAACGCGGCACCCUAGGGCCCCCAGGAUCGCCGGGCUCCAUCGGCGAUAUGGGAGCAAAAGGCCAUCCGGGAUCUCUCGGCAGUAAGGGUCGGAGAGGAAAGCUGGGCCCUCCAGGUGAACCGGGUAAACCAGGGGAAAUCCUCAACUUGCACUUGCUUAAACAAAACACGCACUUGAUCGUCAACGACAAGAAGAGCCUCUACCUUUCAGAGAUGGACGACAAAUCCAAGACCCCGUUAGGAAGUAGAGCCAACCCUGCACUUACAUGUCACGAACUAAAGCACGUAAAUGGCAUUAAAGAUGGUGAGUACUGGAUCGAUCCUAACCAAGGCUGUUCUUCGGAUGCAAUCAAAGUUUACUGCAAAUUUAAGACUGGAGGUGAAUCCUGUGUUCGGCCAGCUCUUAAGAUGAUUCCUAAGGAAACUUGGAAUAAUGCAACAACAGCUGGCUGGUAUCAAUUCUCCAAACUUGAGAGAGGUUACAAGAUCACUUAUUUGACGAACAAAGUGCAGCUAAACUUUCUAAGAUUGCUAACUACCAAGGUCACCCAAAAGAUCAUCGUCAAGUGUAAAUCUGUCGUAGUUUGGUUCCAUCGCCAUUCAAAGAGUUACGAUUAUUCUUGGAAAUUCCACGGAUUUAACGGACAUCAAUUCACUUACAACUCAUCACGGUCCUCAUUAAACGUACUAAGAGACGCUUGUAAGUACGACGAUGGAAGAUGGCGACGGACUGAGUUGUUGUUUGAAACGACCAAACUGCGCACUUUACCCAUUGUGGACUUCACAUACUAUCACAGAAGUCUCACCACACCAGAAGAAUUCGGCGUAAAAAUAGAACCCGUGUGUUUCUUAUGAGAGAUCUAUUAAUGUUCUUUAAACCUUUAGCUAGGUUUAGAGCAGUAUAUAAGACUUUUAUUUUACCCUUUUCGGGAAAACAUAUAUACAACUCCUAGCCACCCCCCUUAAGAUGAAUUAUAUUUAUUUAGUGAGACAUUUGCAUGAGGCCUUUAGAACAAGCCUUUUUAGCUGCUAAGUACUUACCCUCUGUAAACUUUUUGUUUUAACUUGGCAAAAUAAUUCUUACAUUUCGCUGCAGUGUUUUACAAUGCAGGUUUUCGGAACAUUUUUUGCAAAUAAUUAUGUCCUAGGCAAAUCUUAGUGAAAAUCAUAUAUCAUUUGCUUUGAUCCAUGUUCAUUCCAAUUUAGGCUACUUAGCCCAAGAAGAACUAUCAGUGAUUUCCUAUUGGUCUUGGAUGAGUCUCGCGUUUAAGACUACGGUCAGAGCAUAAUUUCUAACAAUAAUUUACCAUUAGAUUUACCAGUGGAGCUUUAAAAUCCCAUCAAUUCUAGGUAUCUGGCUGCGAGUGUUCAUGUUUUGUACAUGUAGGCAAGUGACACUAUAUCUACCAACAAUAAAUCUGAGGAACAUA